UGAACGUUAAGUUAGUGUCAAACAUCCGUAUUUUUUUGGUAAUACGAAUCUCUCCGUUGCUGCGGGUUUCGCUUAUUUGCUCCACGCACUGCUGUCGUUCGUUCAAGUAUAUUUUCAUAAUGUGCAAAUGAGACGGAAGUUAAAUGGGGUAUUUUUUCUGGGCUAGUUUGCAUUCUAAAUUUCUGAGUCCUCGUUUAAGUGAGUUUUUUUUUUAAAGUAAGAUAUGCGUUUAAAGUCCAAAACAAAGAAGGCAUGCAGUGAUAUUUUAGGUACGAUACUAAAAUUACCAAAAUUGAGGAUUUUAUUGCAUAGUGGAGCGAUGCACAUCACAAGAUGGCAGCCGAUUCCUCCGAGAAGAAAGACGCUGACUCUUCAGGGACCAAAGACAAAGAGAGUAAACGCAGCCGUUCAAGGGAAAGAGACAGGAAGCCAUCGCCGACACGCAAACGGCGUAGAUCCCGGGAACGCAACCGCUCUAAAUCUACAGAAAGAGACCGCCGCAUAAAAGACAGGGAAAAGGAACGUGACAGAGACAAGGACCGAGACAGAAGCCGUAAGGACCGAGACAGCCAUCGGCGUGAUAAGGAUCGCAGCAGGCGCUCCAGGAGUCUCUCACCCAAAUCAAAGGACGCCAAGCUAAAGACAGAGAAGGAGAUAAAAACAGAAGAAGAAGAUGACGACAAAAAGAAAAAAGAGAAGGUACAGCCGUUGUCUUUGGAGGAGCUUCUUGCAAAGAAGAAGGCAGAAGAAGAAGCAGAGGCAAAGCCAAAAUUCCUGUCAAAAGCAGAGCGAGAGGCAGAGGCUCUUAAGCGGCGGGAGCAAGAGACUGAGGAGAGGAGGAGGAUGAUGGAGGAGGAGAGAAAGAAGAGAAGGGUUUUUCAAGACAUCGGACGAAAAAUGCUCGAGGAUCCACAAGAAAGGGAGCGACGGGAACGACGCGAGCGGAUGGAACGAGAGAACAAUGGGAACGAAGACGACGACGGGCGGCAAAAGAUAAGAGAGGAAAAGGACAAAGGCAAAGAACUCCAAGCCAUCAAGGAACGUUACCUGGGUGGGACAAAGAAACGCCGCCGAACACGUCACCUGAAUGACAGGAAAUUUGUUUUUGAGUGGGAUGCUUCUGAAGACACAUCGGUUGACUACAACCCCAUAUACAAAGAAAAACACUCGGUGCAGCUGUACGGACGCGGUUUCAUCGCUGGCAUCGACCUCAAGCAGCAGAAAAGAGAGCAGUCACGUUUCUAUGGUGACCUGAUGGAGAAAAGGCGCACAAUGGAGGAGAAGGAACAAGAAGAGACGAGACUGAAGAAGAUGCGCAAGAAAGAAGCCAAGCAACGCUGGGACGACAGGCACUGGUCUCAGAAGAAGCUGGAUGAGAUGACCGACAGAGACUGGAGAAUCUUCCGGGAGGACUACAGCAUCACCACGAAGGGAGGAAAGAUCCCGAACCCCAUCAGGAACUGGAAGGAGUACCAGCUGCCAGCCCACAUCCUGGAGGUCAUCGACAAAUGUGGUUACAAGGAUCCAACCCCCAUUCAGAGGCAGGCCAUUCCCAUUGGCUUGCAGAACCGUGACAUCAUCGGCGUGGCCGAGACGGGUAGUGGUAAAACAGCUGCUUUCCUCAUCCCGCUGCUCGUCUGGAUCACUACCCUUCCAAAAAUUGACAGGAUCGAGGACUCUGACCAGGGUCCUUAUGCUGUGAUCCUGGCCCCGACUCGUGAGUUGGCGCAGCAGAUCGAGGAGGAAACGAUCAAGUUUGGUAAACCGCUCGGCAUCCGUACCGUGGCUGUUAUUGGAGGGAUCUCCAGAGAGGACCAGGGCUUUCGUCUCAGGAUGGGCUGUGAGAUUGUUAUCGCUACUCCCGGUCGUCUGAUCGACGUCCUGGAGAACCGCUACCUGGUCCUGGGCCGCUGCACUUACGUGGUCCUCGACGAAGCCGAUCGUAUGAUCGAUAUGGGCUUCGAGCCCGACGUUCAGAAGAUUCUGGAGUACAUCCCGGUAACCAAUCAGAAGCCUGACACCGAAGAAGCCGAGGACCCUGAGAAAAUGACCAUGAACUUUGAGUCUGGGAAACAUAAAUACAGACAAACUGUCAUGUUUACAGCGACCAUGCCGCCAGCUGUGGAGAGACUGGCAAGGAGCUACCUGAGACGUGCCGCCGUGGUGUACAUCGGGUCAGCGGGCAAACCUCACGAGAGAGUCGAACAGAAGGUGCUGCUCAUGUCGGAGGGGGAGAAGAGGAAGAAGCUGUUGGAGGUGUUGGCGCACGGUUUCGAACCCCCCAUCAUUAUCUUUGUCAACCAGAAGAAGGGCUGCGACGUGCUGGCUAAGUCCUUGGAGAAGAUGGGCUACAACGCUUGCACGCUCCACGGUGGCAAAGGGCAGGAGCAGAGAGAGUUUGCACUCUCCAACCUCAAAGCAGGUGCCAAAGACAUUCUAGUGGCCACAGACGUGGCCGGUCGUGGUAUUGACAUCCAAGACGUGUCCAUGGUGCUGAACUACGACAUGGCCAAGAACAUUGAGGAUUAUAUCCAUCGUAUUGGUCGUACGGGUCGUGCCGGUAAGAGCGGCGUGGCCAUGACCUUCCUCACCAAGGAGGACUCGGCCGUGUUCUACGACUUGAAGCAGGCCAUCCUCGAGAGCCCCGUGUCCACCUGCCCGCCAGAGUUGGCAAACCACCCGGAUGCACAGCACAAACCCGGAACCAUCUUGACCAAGAAGAGGCGAGAAGAGACUAUCUUUGCUUGAAUUCAAGUGCUUGCUUUGCACUUAAAAACAACUUUUUUUUUUUUUCCAUUUUACUCCUGCUUAACAUUCAGCUAGAACAUUUCUUUGCAAUUAAAUUCAGAAAGCAGAAUCGUCGAAAACAGAAUUCCCACACUUAAUGAUCUGUGAUGUAAGGGAUUAAAAAGACCCUCAUUGUCGGAGCUGGAAAGAAGUCCGUACGAAAAGUAGCUUGCGUGGUUUUUUUUUUCCCCUCCCCUAAUUACUGUUAUUAUGGACUCGUCAAAAAUCUUUUUUUUUCUGCUUUAAAUUUCGAGAACAAUACAAUGUAACAUUUUAAUUCUAAACAUUUGUAUGAAAGCAAGAUGUGAAUAAAUAUCUGUUUUUGUUGAAA